AAUCCUUCUUCCCGCGUCAGCUUUGUUUCGUUUGGAAAUCACAGGCCUUCUUUCUUUCAUCUCUUCUGCUUCACGUUGAUCCAAAAUGGCGGACAAGCUCAGCAGCAACUUUGAGACUCUCCAGCUUCACGCGGGACACUCUCCCGACUCGGCAACCAACGCCCGAGCCGUUCCCAUCUAUGCUUCCACUAGUUUCGCCUUCAACGACUCCGCCCACGGCGCGAGACUCUUUGGCCUCAAGGAGGAGGGCAACAUCUACAGCCGUAUUGGAAACCCCACUGUCGAUGUCUUCGAGAAGCGGAUAGCUGCUCUCGAGGGCGGUGUUGCUGCUCUGGCCACCUCCUCUGGCCAGGCCGCUCAGUUCCUUGCUCUCACUGCCCUUGCUCAGUCUGGUGACAACAUCGUGGCUACAUCAAACCUCUACGGCGGCACCUACAACCAGCUCAAGGUCACCUUCAAGCGCUACGGCAUCACCACCAAGUUCGUCACCGGCGACAAGCCCGAGGACAUUGCUGCCGCCAUCGACGACAACACCAAGGCCGUCUAUGUCGAGAGCAUCGGCAACCCCCGAUACAACGUCCCUGACCUUGCGGCCAUUGCCAAGGUUGCCCACGACAAGGGCGUUCCCCUCGUUGUCGACAACACCUUUGGUGCCGGUGGAUACUUUGUCCGCCCUAUUGAGCACGGCGCCGACAUCGUCGUUCACUCAGCUACCAAGUGGAUUGGUGGACACGGAACCACUAUUGGAGGCGUCAUCAUCGACUCCGGCAAGUUUGACUGGGGCAAGAACGGCAAGCGAUUCCCCCAGUUCAUCGAGCCCUCCGAGGGCUACCACGGCCUCAAGUUCUGGGAGACCUUUGGCGCCGUCUCCUUCAUCGUCCGCGCCCGAGUUGAGCUCUUGCGUGACAUCGGUGCCUCCCUCAACCCCUUUGCCGCCCAGCAGCUCAUCCUCGGUAUCGAGACUCUCAGUCUCCGCGCCGAGCGCCACGCCCAGAACGCUCUGGCCUUGGCCAAAUACCUGGAGAAUCACUCCGCCGUCUCUUGGGUUUCUUACCCUGGUCUGGAGAGCCACGCGUACCACGAGACUGCUAAGAAGUACCUCAAGAGAGGUUUCGGAGGCGUCUUGAGCUUUGGUGUCAAGGGCGGCGGUUCCGCAGGCAGCAAGGUCGUCGAUGGCUUCAAGCUGAUCACCAACCUCGCCAACGUCGGUGAUUCCAAGACCCUGGCCAUCCACCCCUGGACGACCACCCACGAGCAGCUGAGCGAGGAGGAGAGGGUUAGCUCGGGCGUCACCGAGGACCUUAUUCGAAUCUCUGUCGGUACUGAGCACAUCGACGACAUCAUUGCCGACUUUGAUCAGUCCUUCAAGGCCGCUGGUCUCAACUAAGCAUGAGGAGAAUAAGUCCCUCCUCCGGCUUGUGUAAAUAAACAGGCGAUGAUGAAUGAAUGAAUCCACGAGUUUUGCGCGAAUCAAUAUGGGAAAAUAAAGGGAUGUACAGCAAGUGGCUACUGCAUUUCCCAUCCAAAAUGGGCGCUGCGGAAGAAGUGUGAAAAGAAAGCGAUGGGUGGCUAUUAUCUUUUGGGACAUGGGAAAGCAGGGAGUUUGUGUCAAAUCCAAGGCCGAAAACAAACCAUUGCGCUUCUCAUUCCAUCAACAUUAGCGUAACGCAUUUGGUCCGCAUCAGGCUGUUUUCUGGUUGGCCUGCUGCGGGAGUUGAAGCUUCAGCUCAAGAGACUUGCGAGAGUUGAGAAUUCUAUCGUCGUUGAAAACGGUACUUGGUUAUGCUUUGCUUUGCGGUCUGGCUCGUGACUUGAUAGGUUUGUGUAGUUUUGUGGCGCCUGCAUCGUCAUCCUGCUUCUGCUUAUCUAAACCCUAGAGCAGGUUUAAUGAAAAUAACGCAUACGCCACGCAGAGUUACAAUUACCAAA